CGCGCCGGGCCGCCCCCUCCCGGCCCGGGCCGGCCCCGCUGGCUCCGCUCAAAGUUUGCGGCCGCCCCUGCGCCCGCCCGCCCGAUGUAUGGGUGAUAUACUGCAGCGGGUGUCAGGGUGAGGGACGGCCAUAUUUGCCGGUGCGGCCCGAGCCGUCAACAACAAAAAGUGCGCGGGAGCUCGGCGGGCGCACGGACGGGCGCUCGGACGCCGGGCCCGCCUCGCCGCCGCCCGGCCUCGCCGCCGCCGCCCUCGCGGGCCUGGCCCCGCGGCGCCCCGGCGCGCCCCGCCGCUCGGGGGGAUGUCUUACAAGCCGAACUUGGCCGCGCACAUGCCCGCCGCCUCCCUCAACGCCGCUGGGAGCGUCCACCCGCCCUCCACCAGUAUGGCGACCUCCUCCCAGUACCGCCAGCUGCUGAGUGACUACGGGCCGCCGUCUCUUGGCUACACCCAGGGAACAGGGAACAGCCAGGUACCCCAGAGCAAAUACGCCGAGCUGCUGGCCAUCAUCGAGGAGUUGGGGAAAGAGAUUAGACCCACUUAUGCGGGGAGCAAGAGUGCCAUGGAGAGACUAAAACGAGGUGCUUGGCUACCUUUUGAAUGGAGGUCCGCAUGGGGAUGGGUCCUGGAUGCUGCGACCGGUCUCCAGAGCCUUGCGCACAAUGCUUAAACUUCCAGACCAGCUCGCGUCGAGGUGAGAAGAGCCUUACCCGGCUGCCUUAAAUGUGUAUUCCGACAGGCACUGGGCACCGGUCUGUGCCUGCCGAAUGGGCUGGUUUGGACUGCAGACCCUGACAGUGGCCUUCUCCCCUUGUGGUUUUUCCCCUGCUUGGUUCACGGGUGAACCCCAGAUGUAUUCUGACAAGGGAAGCUAUUACCUCUGCCUAAAAACUCCAAACAACUGUAGGGUCAAAUCCAGCUUGAGUGAUGGCAUUGUAAGCAAAUUCACAAAUCAGGUUUCUGGAAACUCAUCUCAUAAAUCUACUUAUAAACAACACAUAGGGAAUGUCAUGUGUAUUUUUUUUUUUAAAUAAGCUCUACGCCCAACAUGGGGCUCAAACUCAUGACCUGAGAUCAAAAGUCUCAUGCUCCACCGACUGAGCCAGCCAGGUGCCCCAAAAAUGCCACUAAUGUUUGACUCCAUUCCAUAGUUUUCCCCCCAAAAAUGGACCUUCCUUAUUACUACUAGUGCUUAUUUUUAACCUUUGAUAAUAAAACAAGACAAUCACACAAAUGUGUAGCUUAAAAAAAUAUGGUGACAUCCUUCUAACUACCCACCCAGGUCCAGAAAGACCUUUGUCAGCCAUCCACAGCCCCUCCGGGUGUCCUAUCACGACAACCCCUUUCCUCCCCAUGAAAAGUAGCUAGCCGCUGUUCUUUUAUGGUAAUGUCUUCUGUGUGUCUAUAGUUUUAUUCUCAAAAUGUGCGUCUCUAUUCAUUACAGUUUAGUCCGCCAUUUAAAAAUUGAUUAAAAACGUUAAGUGUGUCAGAAAUACAGAAAUUAGCUAGAGUAACGCUUGAGAUGGAAUGGAACUCCCUACCAUUAUUCCUUGGAAGCAUCUGUCAAUUUUUAUCUUUUCAGAGAGAGGGAGUGUGCAAGCAAGAGUGGAGCAGGGCGGGGUGUGUAUGUGUGUGUGGAGGCAGAGGGAGAGAGAAUCUCAAGCAGGCUCCGUGCCCAGCCUGACGUGGGGCUCGAUCCCAUGACCUUGAGAUCAUGACCUGAGCUGAAAUCCACAGUCGGACGCUUAACUGACUGAGCCACCCAGGCGCCGUGCAUCUGGCAGUUUCUUUAGUUAGAAUCUGUGAUUCUUUCCGGGGUGCCUGGCUGGCUCAGAAGAGCGUGUGACUCUUAUCUCGGGAUCAGGAUUGUGAGUUAAAUCCCCACGUUGGAUGUAAAGAUCUUAAAAACAACAAGACAACAACAGAAAAGCAUCUUCGAUUCCUUCUCAGUGGACGUUUUUACUGGAUUCCCAGAGUUCUUUCAGGAGCUUCUUUUUUUCUAGGGUUUCCUUUGCUCUUUUUUUCCUCUCUUGCUUUUUCCUCUCUGCCUCCUGUUUUUCUUUGUAAACAAGACUGUUUUCACCGUUGUAGAAAAUAUCCACUUUCUCUUGUAGGAUUUUCCGAGCGAGCUUUCUGUUCUGAUCAACCGAUCUUGUCUGAUGGCACUGCAAGAGAUAAUAUUUUAUAAUGUGAAAAAGUUUGUUCUGGACAGGAUCUCAAACUGUGGAAUUCAACCCACUUGCUCUAUAGAUGGGGAUGGGCCCGAGAGGCAAGGCCACUUGUCAAGAAUCCCAGUGAGUCCAGGACAGAGCCAAGCCCAUAUGCCCUCCUUCCUGCCUCUUCUCAGCCUUCAGCUCAUCCCACCCCCCAGCUGUAUUACGUGGCUUUCUCGGUGAUGGUUUUAUAAUUAAGAGUAUUGCUUUGUUCGGAAGCAAUGAUAGCUUCAGAUAACUUAAAGUCCCCAGAUAAUUUUGAAAAUAUCAACUGGUAUGUCUAAGCUUGUGGCCAGGGCACAAGCCCUCCGUCUGCACCAUUUCUAAACAUAAAGUCUGUCUCAGGGAGGGAGAUACCAUCUUUAUUAUUAGUCAACCGUAUCGUUGAUUAUGUCAUCCCUGAGUUAUUAAGGGCGAGUGCCUUACAAAGCUAUUUGAAAACAAUUCUGUGAAAUUAGAGCGAGAGAAGAGUACUGUAAGCAGAUCUGCAGUACGUGUAUAAAACAGUUAAACAAAAAUCCUGUCGGGUUUCAGAAUUUCAUGUGUGGCUCAUGAAUGACGCUUUUUCUCAAAGAGAAAAAGAAAAGUGACUGAGGCUUUAACGGAUAGGCUCUUGGCUCAAAAACUUGGCAGUGAAGAACAGCUGUUGGGAGCACAGACUUGGGCUUGGUCUGGGUGACGCCUGCCGCUGUAGGAUCUCGGGCAAGUUACCUAACCUCUCUGUGCCUGGUUCCACACCUGCACCAUGAGGAAGCCAAGGCGUAAGGGCUUGCGAGGGUGACGACCGACCGCGUGCGGCGCUGCGCCCACCGGGGCCUGCCCUGUCGUUGGUAUAUGGAAAGCCCGCCUUGCCGUCCCUUCUCAGGGCCUCUGGUGACUCGGCAGGGACCGCACUGAGAGCCAGUGGGGCCCCUACUAACCAGGAAACGGGAGACAGCAUUUUAGUACCUCCCAGGGGCUCGUGUUGAGAGCUGGGGAUACUCUGAUCAGAGACUGGUUUCCAGGUAAAGGAAGCCGCCUCCAGGCAGCCCCGCGUCGCAUUUUUGUCCUGAGGGCUGGGAAGGCUGUGCCCGAAGGGGCAGGUGUCACUGCCGUUUACCAAAGAGGGGACGUCUGUCUACCUUGACGACGAUGCCCGAGGGGACAUGCUUCAGCACCACACAGUUGCUGGUUUUGUUGGUGGCCUGGCCCCCGGGACCGUGCCCUUUCACAAACUGCUCUUCAAGUUCCGUCUCAUCCAGGGGAGGCGGAGCGGGGCGCUCCUUCCUGCCCGCUGCCGGGACCGCGGGGACCGCCACCGGCGGGGCGAGCAGCGCCUGCUUCUCCCGAGGCCGGAGGCCCCGCGGUGCGACGCAGAUUCUGGCCAGGGCUGCAGGCCAGCGGAAGCCGGCCGAGGGCCUCAUGCAGAGGAGCUCUGCCCGUCCGUGACCUGAGCUGGAGAAAAAAAAAGACAGCCUUUCAGGAAGGUGCAUUCGCGCUCAGGAUUACACUAAAGGCUCUGGGACAACCUUAUAUAAACCGGUUCCAGCGAGGGCCACCCAGCCGUCCUGUGGGGUAUUUAAUAGGCACAGCCCUCUGCAGCCUUGGGGCAUCUCCCGUGGUCUUCGCCGCGUGCGCCCUCCCAGCUGAUAAGUAUUUUGUUGUAACCAAAAAUAUCUUCGAAGCACCCAGAGGUGCUGCUUUCUCAGGCAGGGUGACAUUCCGAAGAACAGGGCUGUUAAUUCGAUAAAGAAACACUGAACAGUGCAUCAAAUAAGAAUUAGGAUCUGAGGGCAUCUGCCUUUGGCUCAGGUCAUGAUCUCAGGGUCCUGGGAUCGAGUCCCGCAUUGGGCUCCCUGCUCGGCGGGAAGCCUGCUUCUCCCUCUGCCUCUCUCUCUCUGUCUCUAAUGAAUAAAUAAAAUCUUUAAAAAAAAAAGAAAAAAAAGAAUUAGGAUCUGAGUCCAGCGACAUUAUUUAAACGUUUGAGAAUCUCUGAAAUCCAAAUGUAAAGACGACAGUAUGCAAGUCGAUUUUAUAGCCGAGCUUACACGGUCUGACACAGUAAAUAUCACUAUCAAUCAAUGUCAUGAUUGUUGUUUUUUAAUGUUUCCAGUUUCAUGGAUUUGAAUAGGAACAUCUGUUCCCUCAGACGCACUGCCAAUAACAUGAUCCAAGUGGUGCUCAUCCCUGGAACGUUCGAAUCAACUGAUUUUUUAUGAAGGUGCCUGCGUGGUUCAAAAUACCACACGAGGCGUAGAGAGCGAUGCGAGGCGGGAGAGAGGGAGCCUCCGUCUUCAUGGAGCUUAGAGUCCAGUCAGAGAGAAGAUGCUUAAAAGAGAAAGCAGUAUUUAACCGUUAGAUUUAAAUAGCUACUCCAGACGUGGCAGAAGGCUGAAAUGUCUAGUCAACAAUGAAUGGUAUAGAGAGUAACAGCUACCAGGACGUGGUGAAUCCCACGGGCCUUUGCUUUCUUCCAGGGGAGGAAGGCAGAACGAGCUGACAGGUGUUAGCUCUUUUCAAAGAUGGGUGACCUCCCCGUGCCAAUCGGGACAAGUAACAGUGUGGGCCUGUUUUCUUACCUGGAAAAUGGGUGAACAAGCCCUUCUCCGCCCACCCUGCACAGGCUUAAAGGUCAGAGGGGAAAAAAAGAAAAAAUUCUGGAAAGAGCUUUUGUUGAAUACCUUUGAAGGCAUGAGACUGAUUUUUAGCAAAAUUCCUGCCACUCGGGAGGAUUAUGGGAACGAUGAACGUGCCCCUCGCUUCAUGCUUCUUGAUCCAGGAUGAUGUAGGUGCUAAAAACAGAAUUACUGCCCUUUUUAACAACUGCUUCCUUUGAGGCUCUAAAUAGCUUCUUUUACCAUUUGAAAUCCUGUAAAUUCUAGCUGAGGGCCACUGGUCUCUAACCUAGGUAGGAAGUGGUAUAUACCUAAGCCAGCGCCCUCAGCCCAGAGUUGCUUAAUCAUGCACCAAAUAAUUUCAGCAGGUUUGCUCUCAGCUCAUUUACCUUUCGUCCCCUGUCAGUUCUGGCUGCUAACUUCUAUGAGCCCACGCUGGUCUCUAACAAGCUUUGAGGAUGCCUACUGCAUAUGCAGGCUAGUGGAUGCCGCUGCCUUGUAAAUAUGUACAUUUCUGUUAUUUUACGGGCAUCUCUCUGAGUAAUCAGUCUAGCUGGUCCUGAGAGGAUCCUGGUCAUUUUUAGAACAAUACCAUAUUCUUAACCUCUCUCUCUAUGGAAAAUAUAUAUAAUGAAAUGUACUUUUCCAAGCCUGAUGCCAAUGCUCGUUUUCAAUUCUGUGAUGGAUGUGAUGGUCUAAACUCAUAACUUCUUUCUGAAAAGUAUGGCAUUCAGGAUGUGUGUCAGUCCCCGGGGGGGUGACAACGUGGUGUUGGUAAGAUGCUCAGUGGCUGUGAAGGGCUCGAUUUUGAAACAGAGCAUGCCAGGGAAAGUGGCGCUUUAGAAAACUGGUUUUGUUUAUUGUGUGUCAAGUCUUUCGGAAGUACACUCGGGAAAAGAUAAAUGAUAAACACCAGCACUUUUCUGAAAUCGCUACGACAAAGAAUCCGCUCCCCUGUAAAUGAUUAAGUGAAUGAGACCCGGGUCAAUGUCCAAAAUGUCCCUUCCUUUAUUUCUGCUUUCAAUCCAUAGAACAAGAUUCCUUUGUGUACCAGAGAGCAUCGAGUACCUGGAUCAGAUUCAUUAUGGAACGCAAGCCCGGGGCCUCCCUUGGGGUUUCUCUUCUGCUAGUCAGUAAAUCUGACCAGGCAGGACAGCAUUGGAAUAGAGUGCAGCGACAAAGAAAGGAAGUGAGUCUGAGACGAGGCGAAACUCCCAGACAAAGGGCGGAGAGGAGAGUGCUUUUAUCAGCUGCUUUGCCCGUCUCUACCUUUCUGUCCUAGUUCGGGGCUGACACACACACUGGAAGGCCUCCCACCCAAAUGGAGUUCAAGAAAGUCCCCAGUGUUCAGUUACUGACUGUUUUGUUUAACGGCUAAUUCCAACAGCCGAUCGGGCGAUUCUCAAUACUUUUUGUAUCUCUGGGAGCUUUGGCUCUACUCCCAACGACUGCUAAAAAUAACCCGCGCACCCAUGGUCCCACUUCCCCAAAGCCCAGGAUAUACGGAUUGGGUUUCAGGUUUUGUGAUACCCACAGAGCAACUCCAAAGUCUCCGGGGGACAAUAAAAGCGGCUCAAAUUAGAGCUCAUCGUGACAUUAAAAAAGAGCCACAGGAAAAUGGUGACCAGGAGUGCUGGUCAGGGGAAACCGGGAGUCAUGACAGUGUGCCCCAAUUCCUUUCUGUGAGCGUGUGCCUCGAUUCGGGCCCGGCUCUCCAC